GAUUGUUGCCGAUAAAUGUGUAACAUGGCCAUAACCUACAAUACUCCAAAAAAGUAUUAUCAUUUUAAAUCAAGUUUCCCUUACUCUUACUCAUCGUUUAAUAUCUCAAAUUUUCCUUAUAAGGAAUACGAGAAUCACUCUGAACAAUCAAUAAACGAAAAUUCAUCUUUGAAACAAUAUAUUUAGUUUUGUGCCGUUUAAUUAAAAAUCAUGUCCGAUCCUCGUAUACGUACAUUGAAAAUAAAAACUGGAAUUGUCAAACGUUUAGCUAAAGAGAAAGUAACUUACGAAAAAGAAUCCGAACAACAACGGGAGAGAAUUCAAAAAUAUAAGGAUCAAGGAAAAGACGGCUAUGACAUUCGAAAGCAAGAGGAAGUGCUACAGGAAUCAUUAAUGAUGGUUCCUGAUUGUCAACGUCGUCUAGCAAAAGCGUACGAGGAAUUGAAAAAAAUUCUCGAAACCGAGGAGGAUCUUAAGGAGUCAGAAACUUAUAUUGAAGCGCAAAAAAUUCUCGAGGACUCAGCAAGUCAAUUACCGAAAGAGGGAGAAUUAUUGCCAUUGUGAUAAUCUUGUCGAUAUUACGUUUUAUUAUCAAAAGUUAACGCUUAAACGAAAACAGAAACACUUUUGAUACACUAUUUUUUUAAUUACUAUCAUUAUUAUUUUUACACCGAUUAACAGAAAAAUAUUACCAGAAAGAGGAAAAGAAUUAAU